CCUCAAUCUUCUAUAAUGGUGAGUGUGAUUCCAGGUGAGUUAUAUAAUGACAACAACCUGUCACCCGACACCGACGCCCCUCCACCGCCGGGGAUAAAUAGCCGAGCCUCCAGCAAGCAGAACGUGGACUCAACCUACCUGAGACAGGUGACUCUCAUCAUGCUGCGUACCCUCGCCCUCCUCGCUGCCCUCUGCGCAGUCACUUAUGGCUGCCCCACCAUCCUGACCAAGUCCCAAUGGGGAGGACGUGCCGCCACCUGCCGCACCGCCAUGGCCACUCCCGUCACCUACGUCAUCGUUCACCACACCGAGGGAACCGCCUGUUCCACCCAGUCCGCCUGCAUCACCCAAGCCAAGAAUAUUCAGAACUACCACAUGAACAGCAAUGGCUGGUGUGACAUCGGAUACAGUUUCCUGGUUGGAGAGGACGGUCAGGCGUACGAGGGCCGUGGCUGGACAUCCGUUGGAGCUCACGCUCCUAAUUACAACUCCAACUCCAUCGGAAUCAGCGUCUUUGGAUCCUUCAUGAACUCCAACCCCAACACCGCCGCCCAGAAUGCCGUCAAGAACCUCAUCAGCUGUGGUGUCACCAGAGGUUACAUCAAGUCCGCUUACAUCCUGAAAGGACAUCGCAAUGUCACCGCCACCGACUGUCCUGGAAACACCUUCUACAACACUGUGAGGACCUGGCCCCGCUUCCAGGCCUAAUCCUGGGGGCCCCAAAAUGUGUUGACUGAGGAAGGGGGCUCGAGACCCCCCCUCUGUAUAUACUAUUCUGUGUUAUGUUCUACUAGAAACCUUAAUAAAUAUGACAUCUGACGAU